GGCACUUUUCCGAUUCUGUGUGAGAGAGCAGAGCGGACUACGGCAACAUCUCUUCUUCUUAACAGAGGAAAUACACACCGACUCAUUCUCACAGCUACGGAGCAGUUACACCUUAUCAGUACUCUACCGAAUUACCGGGACAUCUUCUACCCAAGGAGACUAGAAUAAAUAAACGAAAAACACGUUAAAACAUUAUUACCUAUCGGUUAAAUUAGAGGAGCCGAUAUACCGAUAUCCCAGCAACACGAAAGACAGACUUGGCUAGUCCACCAGGAUAACAUACCGGAGCUUUCGGGAGCACGAGGAAAGGGAGAGGGAUAAAGGAGGAGAAGACAGGAUGAUUCUCAAGCAUCAUUUGGUUCUGACGCUGUGCGCCGUCUACGGGAUACUGCUAAAAGUGACGGCACAGAAAAGCACAUUGAGAGGGUCGUCAGGGCAGCAACCCUUGGUCCAGAAUCAGACGGUAACAGAGGGGGGGACAGCCAACAUGACUUGCAGGGUAGAGUACAACGACCAAACUUCCCUCCAGUGGUCUAACCCUGCACAGCAGACACUGUUCUUCGGAGACAAGAAAGCUUUGAGAGAUAACCGUAUCGAGCUGGUCCGAGCGUCGUGGUCGGAGCUGACCAUUAGUAUCAGUGAGGUGACACUGGCUGACGAGGGGAUGUACACCUGUUCUCUAUUCACCAUGCCUGUGAAGACCGCCAAGGCCUACCUUACUGUACUGGGGGUGCCAGAGAUGCCAGAGAUAGACGGUCUGACAAAGCCUGCCCUGGAGGGAGAUGAGAUCACUCUGACCUGCAUGACCCACGGCUCCAAGCCUGCUGCUGACCUCCGCUGGUUCAGGAACGAGAAGGAGAUCAAAGGUGCCAAGGAGGUGAAUGCCAGUGGAAAGACCUUCACAGUGACCAGUUCUCUACAGCUGCUAGUAGACCGGGACGAUGAUGGGGCAGCGUACACCUGUAAAGUAGACCAUGUCGCCCUGUUACAGACACCACAACAGACUACCGAAGUAUUGGAGGUGCACUAUGCUCCUCGUGUGGCGAUCACCAAUUCGUUGACGUUCCCUCAGGAGGGUCAAUACUUGAAGCUGGAGUGUGUAUCCAAAGGAAACCCAUCGCCAGACCCUGUGAUGUGGACUAAGGAUGGAGGAGAACUUCCAGAUUUGGAGCGUAUGAUUGUAGAGGGAAGAGAGCUCACCUUCACCACCUUGAACAAAACAGAUAACGGAACGUACCGCUGUGAAGCCUCCAACCACCUGGGCACCAGCAGUGCUGAAUACCUGCUCUAUGUCUACGACGUCCCCAGCACCCUCCCUCCAUCCACCACCCCACCUCCCCGCCCCACCCCACCAGACUCCACCGCCCCCUUAGACCCCCACCUGGCCUCCUCAGACCCUCCAAACACCAACAACAGAGACCCCAACGCCAUGGGGCAGCAUGGUCCAGACCAUGCUCUGAUUGGAGGAGUGGUGGCGGUGGUGGUCUUCGUCACCUUGUGUCUCAUCAUCGUUCUGGGCCGCUACCUGGCCAGGCAUAAAGGAACGUACCUGACCAACGAGGCCAAAGGAGCGGACGACGCGCCCGAUGCUGAUACAGCUAUCAUCAACGCAGAGGGCAACACACAUGCUGAGGAGAAGAAGGAGUACUUUAUCUAGACUGUAGAGGGCGCUGAUCUGCUGCCCACUCUUUCUCUCUGUCUUUAUGUCUCUAUUCCUCUAUCUCCCCCUCUCAUUCUCUUUAUCUCUUUCUUCAUCCCGUUCUAUACUUUAUUUAGACUACAGAGGGAGAUAUGCUGCCCCCUCUUUCUCUCCCUUUUUCUCUCUCUCUCUCUCUUUCCAUUUUCUCCUUCUGUCCCUCUCUCUCUCCACUGCCCCUGCUGCGUCACUAAGGAAACCCCGUGGAAAAACUCCACCUUCUCCUUUUCCCCUCAUCCCUUCUUCCCUGCUGGCCUUUCUGUUCUCUUUUUUUAAUCAUUUCAUUCCGACCCUUCACUUCUUCUACACUUUUUUAAAUAUUUUUUAACCGUCCUAGUUUCUGACGCCGGCCUUCGUUUUUAAAGGCAGCGCCCUCUACUGGCUGUCUGGAGAUGUUGCCUUUUAUUUUGUAUUUUCUUUUCUUUAAAUUUUACAUAUUUUAUGUGAAAUAAACCCCUGAGAAUCUGCAUAUCCACCGACA